UUGUGGAGACGUGAGACGUGAGACGUGAGACGUUGGCGCUUGGCGCUUGGCGCAUCCUUGACGUGACGACAGCGUAGUAGCGUAGCGGUCGGUAGUAGUAGUUGACAGGUAUCAGCUGUUCCAGUAAAUAAACCGCCGCGCGUCGACAAUGGACGACGUCGACGUCGAGGAUGUCGCGCGGGCCGACCAAACGUCCGACGAGGACGUCAGCGUCAGCGAGUCGGACGACGGCAGCGAGUACUCGUCGCGUAGCGAAGGUGACUUGACGUGGUACGUUAUGUCGGAUUCGAUUCUCCUGAGCAUCUUCCAGUACCUGUCGCCGAGGGAGCUGAUGACCGCGGGCGCGGUGUGUCGAUCGUGGUACAGGGUGUCGCGCGACGAGUUCCUCUGGAAGUAUUUAUUUUAUCGGACGUACAAGAUAGAUCCGGAUGUCGGCAUCGUGCCAGGAAAAACCUCCUGGUUGGGAGAAUUCAAACGUUUGGCAUAUCACACUCCAUUGAUAGAAACUGAAGUUCUUAAAGAACAUUCGCAUCAGGUCUUACACGUGAGCUUUUCUCACAAUGGCAAAAUGUUUGCAACCUGUUCAAAAGAUGGAUAUAUUCUUGUAUGGCAAAGUCAGUAUCCUGUUACCAUAAAAUAUUUGCAUGAUAUGAAGACAUUUAGUUGGAAGUACACACAAUUUUCCCAGUUUAAUUGUACAGAUACGUUGCUUCUUGUGUCUGGUGUCCAUUUUGGUACACCCCACAGUACUUCGGGAGAAAUAGCAGUAUUCAGAGUAGCACCUGGCUUUGACCUUCAAUGUAGAGUAGUGAAUAAGCCGUAUGACAUAUUUGGUACAUGGUACAGUGAACGUUACCUUUUGAGUGGAAAUCUGCAUUGGCUGGCACAUUUGGUCAGUACUAGCGUAGUUUGGCUCAAUAAGGCAAACCAGGAAUCAGCUAGCGAACAUGUGCCCAUUAUGACGCAGCUCUUUAGAUUCUAUAAUGGAAAUGCUUCCUCGAUUAGGGCAAUUAUGGUUGCAAAUUGUUUAGCACCUGCUCCAGCUGAAUCCACCGAACAACAGAGCCAACCAUCUUCCUCGAACACAAAGGAAGAAAAAGGAAACCCACCGAGUCACAAGGAUUUGUUGUCGCCUUCGGGCGAGUCUAAUAGCUCGCAGACGCAGGAGGAGCCGGUAUACUACAUUACGUCAUCGAGAAUACAAUAUAGUAAAUUAGAGGGUGCAUUUUCGAAUUGGAGAAAACUUGGUGAUGGUUUUGAAUAUGCUAGUCCUAUACAGUACAAUCAGGAAUAUAGGCAGGUUGAGAUGCAAAAGAAGGCGCAUAGCGAAAGCGAUAGCGAAAGUGAGACGCCACAGUGGGAAGAAGAAAGCGAGUCUGGAGUGUUUACAGAAUCUUCAAUAACCGAAGAAUGUGAUACAGACGAGUUAGCCAAUAAUCCUGAGAAACUUCUUAUUUUUACAACUGGCUCAAAAACAUAUACUCCGCAUAAAGUUGGCUUUAAGAGGAUCAAUGUAGUCACUUUUCCACGAAGAUUGGAUCCAGGACCGUCGCUGCGCGAGAGAAUAGCGCAACAAAAGAGGGAACGAGAGAGACAGAAUACUCCGCCGAUGGAAGAUUGGUUAAAUUAUGAAUCUGUGGCGGACAAAUUCGAUAAAAUAGAUCAUCUAAUUGAUCUUCAUGGUCAUAUUAUUGGAAUGGGACUUUCUCCCGAUCAUAGGUAUCUUUAUGUAAAUACAAGGCCGUGGCCGAAAGGUUACGUUAUUACCAAUCCUUUACAACCACCGCCAAUAGCUCAAGAAAUUGAUAUCCAUGUGAUCGACUUGGUAACGUUAAAACAAGUUGGCACGAUGUUAAGAGCCCACAAAGCAUAUACGCCUAAUAACGAAUGUUUCUUUAUAUUUUUGGAUGUAUGUAACGAAUACGUAGCGAGUGGUGCGGAAGAUAAACAUGGUUACUUAUGGGAUAGACAUUAUGGAAUUUGCUUAGCAAAGUUUCCCCACAGUGAUGUAGUCAAUUCAGUAGCUUUUAAUCCACGCGAUCCUGAGAUGUUGGUUACAACCAGUGACGACUAUACAGUUAAAAUAUGGCGGAGUCGAGCUAUGGUGAAGGCUUUAGGUUUAGAUGAAAAGUCCUAUCGUAGGGGGAUGGAAGUGCGAAAGAGACAUAAGUUUCAGAAAAGUGGUACUAACAUUGACUGACUAAAAACUAUUAAAUU